UCAUUGGGUUUAGUUACAGAGGACUGUGUCGGAGAUAUAAGCGAGUGAGCUCGGGAGCAGUAAAGGGAUCACAAAAUCAAAAGCAAACCGAGUGAUUUGCAGCAGCAGCGUGUGUUUCGCAGGAAUUUGGGUGUAAAAUCGCAGGUUAGCGGGCGAACUCGGUUGGAAUCGAGUAUUUCCGGUUUUAAACUAGUGCUUAGGCUGCUGGAAACAUCUGAAAUUGACCGAUUUGGACGGUCUAAACGUUGGAAAAAUUCGUGUGUUUCCUUGGAAGUCGCAGUAGGCUGCGAAGAAAAAAAUCGUGAGUGUGAAGAAAAUUGUGUGACAGAUUCAUGUUCCUGCGGCGGUAGGAGCGAGAGCCAGGAAGGUGUUUUGUUCCGUUUCUGCUAGUGGAGCUGCCCCCGGAUGGGCAAGUGUAUGGUUUAUUGGGUUUUAUAGCGAGCUCGUCUCGUCCGCCCCCGCGUCUGUAGAAGGGCAGUGUUUUGGAUAUCUGUUUCCGUCCCAUUUUGACUGCAGUGCGGCUGGAUCUUGCCGUUUCGUGCUUGUUUCUUGGAUUUGGCUGUGUUGGUUCUGUUUUGGAGUUGACAUCUGUCUAGUGUGUGUGUAGUAGCGCAGUAAAUUGCACAAAAGUGUUGGUGUGUUUAGUGCGUGUGACACGAAAAGAAGAAAAUAAUACACAUUUUGACGGAGGCGGAGGUGAGUUCUGCUGUGUGGAUUGUGGAAUCUUUCGACGGCCAGAGCCAGAAAAUUGAAGUGAAAAAAAAACGCAAGGAAAACUUUCUGGGCUGGAAUACUUCCGAUUCACGCGAAGGAUUAAUAAUUUUGUGGGUGCAAUAAUUCUGCGGUUUGUUGUCAACAACAGAGAGUGAAGAGUGGGUUUGCUUUGCAGUGUUUGAGGGUAGAAAAAAGUGUUCGAUAAUAGGCUGAGUUUUCCUCUUCGGACCGACUGCAGUAGUGCAGCAGCAAUAAUUAACGUUGUGCGGACAAAGUAUUCGGAAGCAGGGAACAGGAGCAGCGCAGGAAGUUGACUCCGUGUUUGGGAAAACCUCGAAGCCGAGACAGCUAGCAUAUAGAAACCAGUCCUAGGUUCCAGGCUAGAUCCGCGGAACCCCGAAACCAGUGCAGACAGGAUGUACCUUAAACGAAUCUACAUAUCGACAACACUGUUGGCCCUAUUCGUGCUGACAGUGCCCUGGUCGACGGCUGAGGCCCAGGAUGAUCAGAAAUCAAACAAUCGCAACAGUCAGUCUGCGUCAGCUUCAUCGUCUUCGUCGUUCGGUGCGGGCGGUUCUAGUCCAAAUAAUGAUAUUUACAUCGACGACGAAGGACUCGAAGGAUCCGGAAGCAGGGGCGAGAUUCGGGACGAUCUAGAGAAGGAAGACGACGAAUCUUCCGGCUCCGGAUACGGUGAUGACGAUGAGGACAGUGGCAACAGCAACAGCAACAGCGGCGGCAUCCUUGGAGGAGGUGGCGGCGGCGGCGGCCUCGGAAUCCUCACAGGUGGCGGCAGCAAUUCCGGCCGCUCGAACGUAGGCAAGAACAACAAGCCGAGCGAGGGCAACGUCGGUGGGGGCUCAGGUGAUCACGAAAACUACGACGACGACGACAACGAAGACGAUGUCGAUGAUCUGUACACUGAGACGAAAAAACCACCCUCCGUUGAUCCGUCCACCACAGACGAUGAAGAUAUGCCAAUCGACAAGGACAACCGGGGCAAGACGCAAUCGGGCGGCGGUGGAAUCAUAAGCCGCGACGGAAUCAUAAACCGCGACGGACACCAGGACGAGGACCUGGAUCUGGGCCAGACCAAGCACAUUACGCCGACGGACGGGCACGACAGUCAGCACCCGUACGGCGGCAGUGGCGUCCUCAUUAUGAACGCCAACAACGAGGACCGAACCGCGAGCUUCUUCGCGCAGCCGGGCAUCCUAGCGGCUGUCAUCGGAGGCGCCGUGGUCGGUCUGCUCUGCGCCAUCCUGGUGGUGAUGUUCAUCGUGUACCGGAUGCGGAAAAAGGACGAAGGCAGCUAUGCCCUGGACGAGCCGAAGCGAUCCCCGACGGCCAACACCUACGCCAAGAACGCCAAUAACCGGGAGUUCUACGCCUGAGAUUACUCGAUCGACUCCAGUGACGGUGAUUUGUAAAGCAGCAGUGGGCGGAAAGGGUAGGCGGCACGAAUGAUUGAACGAAUACAUAUACAUAUAUACGAGGAUGGGAGGGAGUCGGGCGAAGAGAAGAGGCUCGGAUUGAAAAGAUUUAAGAUCGAAGAAAAACUGCGUAUAGCGAAGAAAAGAAUACUGUGCAAGAUGGAGAAGAAAAAGAAUGCAGGUGGAUUGCCGUAGCUCUCAACUGCUAAACGCACCUCGAGACGAUUUGAGGGUUUUUCUUUAACAGUGUAGAACAGUGGGCUACUGCGUUAGUUUUUAUUCUCCUCUUUUGAAGAUGAAGGAAAAAUCUAGUAGUGCGGGCGAGCGUAUAUUCUUCAGCUCUUGCGUGGUGCCAAUCAUAGUCACCCAUGCUGCGCUUGGAGUCGUGUCAAAUAGAAAAAAAACGCCUAGUGCGUCGUUAGCGUAUACUCAACGCUAUCGAGAAAUACAAAAGUAAAACAAAAAAAACCUAAUCUAGCGAGACAGUUAAGUAGAAAUGAUGCUAAACAAACAAAUUUUACUAACAGCUGAAUCAUACAACAAAGAAAACUAAAAUUAAAACGUUGCGAUUUGAGAUCCUCAAACAGAUCAUAAUAGGAUUCGUACAUGAUGAUAUAAGAAGGUGUAUUUUAAAAUAUUUUCUUUCGCAUGACAAAGAAAAACGUAGAACUCUGGCACUGCGGUUGAUUCGUGGUGCCUCCCCAAUAAUGGAGCAAUUUUCCUUUAUCGUCAAGUUUACAUUUUUAUUUAGUUCAUUUUUACUCAAAACAAAUUGUAACAAAAAAGCUAGGAAACAGCCGGCAACUAUUUAGUGGCAAGUCCAACAACAAUGUGUAAUAACAGAUUUAAAACAAAUCACUUUAAAUGGCAGAUCAAUAGAUUCGAUGAAGCUGUGCAGCAUUUACGGGAUGAAUAUAGUGCAGAGGCGAAGCAUACACUCGAAACUUAUUCAUUCACGCGCGCCACGCCAGGCAAAAGUUUUAAUGUGUAAGGAAAAGGCUAAAAGUUUAUAUAGAGUAUAAAUGUUACAUAUUUAUAGUGUCAUGUGCUAUCACACAAUCCCCCGCCCGAAUUAAGACGAGAAAAUUAAGGAGCCCCAAAAAACAGAUGGUGAAAGUUAAUCCGAUACGGCAGUAGUUGAACAAAUUAACAGAAAAACAGAGAGAGAGCAAAUAUAUGUUUAUUUUAUUUAGAUUUUCAUAGCUUAAGUUUUGUUCCAAGGCAACUAUUCAAAUCCGUUCGAUUGAGUUAAACCGAUUAUCCAGGGGAAACUUGCUUAUUAUAAAAUGUAGAUCCUACGCAAUUUGAAGACACGAAUACGAAUACUUUAUUGUUAAAGUAAGGGGCAAUGGAAAUGCAAGCCAACCACAAUAUGAUGAAUUGCGCGGAAAAAACUGUAUAGGAAAAAAAACAAAUGCUUAUUACUAUUAUUUAUAAAUUAUACUUAUAUUUUGAAAAGGAAUCAAAAUCAAUAAUCAUUAACAAAAUUACAAGAAAUUAGUUAAAAUUUAACCUAUAUAUAGCAAUAACAAAACUAAAACGUUUAAGGGGAAUCUGGAGAACAAAAAAUUCAAACCAAGAUUUUGAAUGGCACUCAUAAUGGGCUAAAUAUAGGAAGCUAAAGUACCGAAACACGAGAGCCAAUUUAAAACGAAAAACGAAUCAUUCAAGCAGCAUUUAUCACCACGGUAUAUCGAUUGGUUGAAACUUUUUUGCCACUACAAUUUAUUAUGUUACUCAACAAAAACAAAACCAAGGGUGGAAAAGCAUUUCCGUUGGAAUGGAAGCAUUUGCGUUUUGAUGAAUGUUAGUUAGAAGAUUAUGAAACUGUUUGUGUUGUAAACUUAUUCAAGAUACUCAAAAGCAUCUUUGCAUCUCUUAGUAUCUCUAUUGCAUUUUAAGACCACUUUUUGAUUUACAAUGAAGCCUGUUAUUCUUUGUGACCAAAUUAUUGAUUAUAUUUUUUAUUGCGGACCUUCUUUGCCAUUUGCAGAUAUCAUUUAAUUUCUCAAGUAAGUUUUGAAGCAAUUUUAAUUUUCAACGACACAAUUUAGAUCCUAGUGCUUAGAAAUAUGAAACAUGUGAAUUGAGGCGCUAGUUUGCCAAAUCAGUUUUUUUUAUUAGCGGAAGCAUAAUUUAAACUUGCGCGUUCUUUUGAUCAUCGUUAGCGUUUGAUAUGGCAAACAAAUUUGCCACAAUGCCUAGACUAAAUACUACUCUGUAGGUAGAAUUUUCUUACCCAUCCAUUUGAGCUACAUCAGUUGGCAAAUGGUAAUCAUACAAAAAAAAAACAUUUCUAGUUUCUGUUGUUGAAUAUCUCUAGCAAACUAUAGCGAAUGAGACGGCUUACUUUUUGGAAAAGCAGAAUGUCGAAUGCGUCGAGAAGAUGAUAUGAACGAAAACAGAUAUCACAUCUACAAACAUAGCUUUUUAAAAUAACUCUAAAAUGAACAAAACAGAGAAAAAAAAUCAGUACACGUAUGUAAAGACAGAUACAUUCACUAAACAAAAAUUUGCUAUUAUAAUUAUCAUUGUAAUUAGCAUAGUUAUCGAUAACGAUGUGACGUCAUAAACCUUACGUAUAUGAUUACUAGUAAGCGUUAAUCGUAUAAAGCAAAACUGCAAACUGAGCGAUCGAUCCUUUUCCUCUGGUAACCAUUUGUAAUUCCUAGAACCCUAGAACGUGAAUGAUAAGCCGAGGGAGCGCGUAGUGCAUUUGUUUUCGGUAAGGAUUUCUACGUAAAGUUUGGCUUUAUUAAGAUAACCUUUUUUUUCGAUUGAAAUCUUCCGAUGCGCUAGUUUUCAUUGCAAUACUUGUGCUGCUACUCAUCGAUUUCGAAUCGAAAACUAUCUUCUAACGUGCCUCAGGUGGCAUUCAAAUCGAACGUAAACGUCCACAUUGCUUAACGGUUCACAAUUCUUACAAUCGGAAAUUGUAGGAAUCGAUGAAACCUAUUAAAGAAUCUUCUAACCUAUAGACGUCAAAGCUAACCAGUGAACUCAUAUCCUUCAUGCGAUAAAAUGGAUGUUUCAAUGGCCUAACAAUAACCAAACCAACCCCCUGAAUCUAACCUCAAUGUUUACUUCUGGCGGCUUUUCGUUCCAGUAACGUGCAUCCCCUGCUCCAAAUUCGUAGUUUUCUAUAAGCUAAUUGGAGACUGAAACGAUUGAAAAAUAUAAAUCAUUAUUUACUACCUUAGUAAAUCCUUUUUACGUAGUGCCAUUGAUGAGAUGAUAAGAUAACCUAUAAAUUUGUUUCUUUUUGUUUCACACAGUUAAAUAUAGUAUCCUUUUAAAACAUCCACAUCAACAGUCCACAUUCACCACUUGAACGUUGCUAAACGCACCUUGCAACAACAUUUACAAUCGGUCCCAACAAUAUUUGAAGAAUCUCUAAAAACUUUAUCAUUUACCAUAGACUUUUUUGCCUAUUCAUUUUUAAUAAAUUGGUGCUUCUCAAUACGUUGCAAUAAACUUCGAAACCUCAAAUCGCGCGGAUGUAAAACAUUCAAUUGUUCAAAUGAUAUUAGCAUUUCACAAUUUCUCUUAAAAUUCAAUAGAAAAAACUACUAAAUCGAAAUCCGUAAAUUUCUCUUACAAACAGUAAAAAACAAAGAUUGCAUCGGAACACUUUUGGCAUGAACAAAAUCUAGUUAAAAUUUAAAAAUAAUUAUUCAAAAAUUAUCACAUCGCUAUUAAUAUGGAGGCAAAGUGAUUUCCGGCAGUUUAUAUUGAACGUUUGAAACGUUUGAGUGGCUGAAACAAAAAAUCUACAAAACAUAAUAGACAAAUCGGAUCACUUCACAGCCGACGGUGAAAUCGUAAAUUUGCUGUUCGGCAAUCUAUUGAAGCAAAUCCUUCUAUCAAACAUACGGAAAUGAUACACACUGAUGAUAAACAAACAUUUCACAAUGCAGACGAAAAACAGUAAAAAUACAAUCUCAAUGAAAACGUGCGGAAGUGUAAUAAACAAAAAAAAAAAAAAUAAGCCCCUAUGAUACGAAAGUGAAGAUGAGAAAAGAACAUAACAGAACAAAAAAAAAUCAUUAGAAUAUUACUAAUAAAAUCUAAGUUUAAUAUACAACAACAACAAAAAACAGCAAAAACAAGAAAUCAGAAGAAAUAUAAGAAACUGAUAAAAUAAAACAGCAACAAAAAAAAAGGCAGAAUGGAAAAAGCAUCACACCUACACAAAAUGUAAGGGACAGUGUAAAUAAAGAAGUCUUUACAAGUGUAAUCGCGAGUGUGUUCGGUGAAUUGGA